UAACAGGGCAUCAGAAAUUCAAAUCAAAAGCAAAUCGAGAUCUUGAGUUUGAAAACAAGAGAUACACAUUGACAGGAUUGUCGCUGAAACAGGAAUUUGAAAUCAUGAAGAUACUUUCUUUGACGAGUUUUGUGUUGGUCAUCCUGUGUCCAGCCUGGUCAUCUGCAGCUUUUGGUGACCCUUGCGAAAUAGUGACAGUGAGCAAUCUCUCUGGAAGCCAUGACCAAGUUGUGAAUAUCACAGUUCCUAAAGAUUGCCUCUUUGGUGACGUAGACUGGAAUUAUCCCAGGGGUUCUCUUCUCUUGUCUCAUGCCACGGGAGGUAAAAACUUUCAGCUGUGCAUUGAGAAAGGAUGGGGCACUUUUGUAACUCAAGUUCAGGAAAUUGUUAACGGCAUUGCUAAAACUCUAGCCUUACCCACAGAAGAGACUCCAACAUGUACAAAGUCAACAAACUCAGAAGCUGCCCUCCUCAUCUCAUCCCCCUCCGCUCAGAUGUAUAUGACCAUGUUCAACUAUCGCAUUAUUCCAGAAAAGUAACUUUCAGAUCUGCAUGGUUUACAACAGACAUUCCAACAGUGGACACUGAGGAAGAUAUGGAGAAACUUUGUGCCUAGAAAUAUUAAAUGCUAUGAAUCCUUUUAAAAAGUCAAAAGAAUAGUUACGUUAGAAAACGCAUAUUUGACGGAAGAAAAUGUACUUGCUAUUUGUUAUCUUGUUAAGAUUUAUACUAAAACUUAAAAUAUAUAAAGAGGAAUUAUUAUGUACAUCACAUUAGCAUAUUAAUAAAUGUAUAUUUGAAAUAAAA